GAGAAACAAACCCUCACACAGAACAGGAAAUAAGAGCUCGGUAGGCGAGCAGAAACAAUACUUGUAUGCGGCAGUUUGAGCUCUGCGAAUCCGGCGCCUUAGAUACAAAACUGCUUCAAGGUCGUCUGAGCAACAUCCAAUGACGGGAAAUUAUUGGAAACAAAAUCAGGAUGUCAAGACUGUAUCCACAUUAACACAAAGGCCGCACGGGUGCACCGGAGCAUGGAGCUAGUGUCAGUGCAGUAUCACUUUGAGUAUACAGGGACGGAUGGUCGCCUUGUGUCCAUAAAGCCCAAUGAAAGUUACAUCCUGAUCUCCAAGACCAAUGAGCACUGGUGGCACGUCCGCAAAGACCAGCACACCAAACCCUUUUAUGUCCCUGCGCAGUAUGUGAAGGAGCUGGAGCCUGGUCCUCAUAAGUUGGAUCCACCUGAGUGUGUGACUGACAGGAAGCCAGCGGAUAUGGCUGACGUAACACCGGUGAUUCGAGUAUCAGCUCGGGAUAUUUCAAGGGAGACGUACCGCUUCUCCACUUUUGGCUUCUGUGAGGACAUACCAAAUGUGAAGCCCUGUGAGAAGGAAGAGCAGACCACCAGCAGCUCUGCACACAGCCCGGAUAAUAUAAAGAAACGCAAUUCAACAGGAGGUUUUUCAUUUAACUCGGCAAAACCUCUGCAAACUGAUGGCUUGCAACUGUACGCACAGGUGCCAAAGGUCAGAGACGAACAGUCAAAAAGCUCACUGCAGGAUGAUAAAGUAGAACAGCCACAGACUCUUCUACACAAUGACGAUAUGGAUUUCCCUUUACCCCCUAAUUCACCUAUUUAUGACACCAUACCACAGCUUAACAUACCAGAAUUUGACAUUUCUGAGCUGCCAGAUCCUGUUGAUUUAAAUGACACAUUAAUGUUUGAGCAGCAGAAUUUGAAUCAAACGGCAGAAGAGACAUCUUCUGCUGACACACUUUCCAUAGACAAGGUGGAGAAUCAAAGUCUCCGGUCAGCCGUGUACGUCAAUGUAGCACAACUUCGCAAAAGCAUCUCUGAGUCUCCCCCCUCAGCCCCUUCGUCCUACUCUCCUUCCUACCUUGACCAAGAGGGAUGGGAGGUGCAUGUUGACGAAGAAAGUGGACAGGAGUACUACUACCACCCCACUACGGGGCGCACCACCUGGGAUAACCCCUUUCUAGACUCCCCCACGGACCCUGAGCGGUUCCCCGCUGAGGAGCCUUGUUCCCCCUCACCUCCUCAGUCUCCUGCCCUUUCUCCGUCCACCGCCUCCCCCCCUGCGUGGACCUCAGACUGGGAGCAGUUGGUUGAUGAGAGUAGCGGUCGCCCCUACUUCUACAACCCGAUGUCUGGGGAGACGUCCUGGGAGCCUCCAGAGCAGCUGAGCCCGUAUCCCCCUCUGAUGGAGCCAAUGAGUGUGCACAGGUUUCACGAGGACGGGCCGCCCCCUCUACCUGAGGAGGACUAUCCCCCGGAGGAUUACCCAGCUGCUGAUCCACCGGAAGGCUAUGAGGAUCUUCAUGCCACGGGCCCUCCAACCCUCCCUAAAGAGUACACACUCAGUCAUGUUAGCAGGACCGUCAUCCCGAGGGCCAACCUGGACCGCAGUACUCCAGCUGGUUGGAACCUCAAUGUGGAUUCUCAUGGGACCUGGGUGUUCACCAGUGAACACUCUCCAGAGCAGUGGAUCAAGUCUGUGGAUGAUCGAGGGCAGACCUACUACUAUCUAAGAGACGGCUCCAAGUCUGAAUGGAACCUGCCUGAGGCUCCUGUAACUUCCGGCCAUUCCAGGAUGGAGAAUGGCCACGAGGCAGACAAUGCGUCAGUCGUCAAAAACUGGAGACACACCAUGGGACCUGUACAGUUCAACUCAGCCCAGGAUGACGGGAGGUUUGUCCCAACUCACAGGAGGAACACGUCAGACUACAGCAGCGACAGCUCCAGUACAGGAAACUCUCCAGAGACCCAGCACAACGUGCAGAACUUAGAGAAAGCUGGGAUUCUCAACAAAACAAAAGUGUGUGAGAACGGCAAGAAAGUAAGGAAAAACUGGAGCCAGACGUGGACGGUUCUCCUCGGAGGAGUGCUGACAUUCCAUAAAGACCCAAAGUCUGCAGCCACGGGGGCCUCGGUACGAUAUAACAAGACCAAUCAAAUCGUUCCGGAGGUCACGGUAGACCUGCGAGGAGCGACGAUUGGCUGGGCCUCAAAGGACAAAUCCAGCAAAAAGAACGUUUUAGAGUUAAAAAGCAAGAAUGGCGUGGAGUAUCUGGUACAGUACGACACAGAAAGCAUCAUCAGUGACUGGCACAAAGUAUUAACGGACACCAUACGACAACUGGAGUACCAGGACCAUCAUUCAGAGGAGGAGGAAGGGGACUUGUAUGAGAAGAUCGCCUGCACGGAUGCAGUGCGAGAUGACAAGGUUGUAGGCGCCGUGGACAAGCGAAGACCCUCCAGGACGACCGUCACGCCCUCGUCCAGCUCUGCAGGAGAUACGGACCAGAAGAGGGUUCGAACCAAGCUGAUGAAGUUCCUCAUGAAGCGACCCACGCUGCAGUCUGUCAAGGAGAAAGGUUACAUCCGAGACAAUGUAUUUGGUUGCCAUCUGGCCACACUGUGUACACAAGAGAGAACCACAGUUCCCAGUUUUGUGGAGAAAUGCAUCAAAGCAGUGGAAAAGAGAGGGUUAGACAUUGAUGGACUCUACAGAGUGAGUGGGAACCUCGCUGUCAUUCAGAAACUACGCUUCAAGGCCGAUCACGAGGAGCUGGACCUCGAGGACGGCCAGUGGGAAGACGUUCAUGUCAUCACCGGAGCGCUGAAGUUGUUUUUCCGAGAGCUUCCUGAGCCGCUUUUCCCAUACAGCCACUUUAAUAAGUUCAUCUCAGCCAUCAGAACUGCUGAUUACAACACAAAACUGUCUUACAUGUAUGACCUGGUCCAAUCACUUCCUCCUGCAAAUCAUGAUACAAUGAAACUCCUUUUUGGACAUUUACGCAGGGUCAUUCAAUAUGGGGAAGACAAUCGCAUGACUGUGCAGAAUGUGGCAAUUGUAUUCGGCCCGACUCUGCUUCGGCCAGAGACGGAGUCAGCCAACAUCACCAUGCAUAUGGUCUUUCAGAACCAGAUCGUGGAGUUCAUCCUGAAUGAAUAUGAGCGUAUCUUCUACUCCAGCUAAAGCAGUCACAAGCCUCCAGUGUGGACCCGGGCAAACGUCUAAUGUGCUCAAGUUAUUUGAAGUGCUAGAUUUACCUUUGCAUGCACAUAGACAGCUUCAGUGCGACAUCUAAAAUGAAACUCUGCUUGUAAAAUAAGUUGAAGGGCCUUUUAGGUUUUCUUUGCUCAGAAUAUUUGAGGUUUAACCACGUAAAACAAAUUAGAUAAAGGGAUCUUCAGAUGGUCUUUGCUGAGAAUAUUUGAAGCAUGUUUAACCACUGUUUUGUCCAGAUUUAUGCCAUAGGAGGCUGACACUGUUAGAACUAUCUUUGGCAGUAUUGUAGGAUUGGAAAUCAGGCCACACAGGU